ACGAAAAAGUUACACAAAUUAUUGUGGCGCACCGACACCUUCGAAUUUCCAUUUUAAUUGCCGUACGUCCCUACCUCCCAAUGAGCUUAUAAGGAUAUAUAGGAGUUUAUGCUCAGAUUCCAGGAGCUACUAGCUAGGCUUGUUAUUAGAUCAUGGCAACUCCCAUUUCUAUCUCCCCUUCCUUCCUCAGGGUUUUCUUUGGUUGCUUUGUGUUUUUUAUCUGCGUAAUUCUCUGCUCGCCGGAGAAGGGCCUUGCUUUGACAGAAGGAGAUACAAAAACUGACCUUCUUCCACAUACUCACACAGUUGAAGUAAACUCUCUGCAACCAGCAACCACCUGCAUCCUCUCCACCCAAGGUCCUUACAAUAACAAGGAAUCGGUAUUGGAAGUGGUACACAAGCAUGGGCCAUGCAAACAACACAGAUCACAAAGUAACCCCACUGAUCAGGAUCGCACUCAAAUCCUCAAGCAAGACGAAGCCCGAGUCAGCUCAAUUCACUACCGUCUUAACUCACUCACACAACCUGACGCCGCCACCAAUACCAUCCCCGUCCAGUACGGUCUGGAACUUGGAUCAUCCAACUACAUUGUAACAGUGGGCCUCGGCACACCGGCCAAAAACCUCUCCCUCCUUAUCGACACAGGCAGCGACCUAACUUGGACACAAUGCCGACCGUGUGUCCCAUCUUGUUACAAACAGAAAGAGCCAAUGUUCGACCCCUCCCACUCCACCUCAUACUCCAACAUCUCCUGUGAGUCCGCUGCGUGUUCUCAGCUCACAGUGGCCGGCAUCGGCCGCGACUGCUCUGCCGCCACGUGCACCUACAGCGCCAAGUAUUUAGACAACUCUUCCUCACUGGGCUUCUUCGGCAAUGACAAGCUAACAAUAACACCGACGGAUGCUUACGAUGAUUUCGAUUUUGGCUGCGCGCAAAACAGCGAAGUCCAGUUUGGCGCCGCCGCCGGUUUGCUCGGUCUGGGCCGGACCAGCAUCUCCUUCGUCGAACAAACCUCCCAGAAAUACAAACGAGUGUUCUCCUACUGUCUACCCUCCACUUCAAGCUCCACCGGCUACCUCAAAUUCGGCCCCGACGGAGGCUCCGGUAACGCCGUCAAGUUCACGCCGCUCAAAACUUUAUCCCAAAGCGCUACAUUUUACGCCCUUGACCUAGUUGGAAUCACCGUCGGUAGCCGUCAGCUGAAGAUUUCAGCCUCUAUCUUUUCAAAGUCGGGGACAGUCAUCGACUCGGGGACGGUGAUCACGCGCCUCCCUGCCACCCCGUAUGCCGCAUUACGCGCGGCUUUUAGAAAAGCGAUGAAGAAGUACCCUUUUGCUAAGUCGAAGUCUGCCCUACUAGACACUUGCUACGACUUUAGUGGACUUAAAACGGUGUCGUACCCAAAGAUAGGGUUUGUAUUUGGAGGUGGGGUUACGGUAGACUUGGACGCGACAGGGGUACUGUUCCAGACUAGUGGUUCGCAGUUUUGCUUGGCGUUUGCAGGAAACAAGGACGAUAGUAGCGUCGGGAUUAUCGGCAACGUUCAGCAGAAGAGGCUGCAAGUGGUGUACGACGUUGCUGGGGGAAAGAUCGGAUUUGGCCCUGCAGGUUGCCCCUGAUUGAUUAGCUACUUAAAUCAUUGCUGAUGAAGAUUUCUAACUGGUGGUACUGCUAAGUAAGCAGCUACCGAAAAAAUAAAGUUGUUAGUAAUGAUCUCGUUGUCUUGUGGUUCCGGUGAUGUCAAAGUGUUAAUUAUCUGUCACUACAAGAAAAAUGACCUAUGGAUACAAAAUUGAGGACACACUUAAUUAUUUUGUGGAUAACUAACCAAUUUUACACACAAAAAAAUUGUAUUUGUUUCCUUUGUAUAAAGGCACUAAUUAAUGUGCCCAUUCUUCUACAAAUUUGGCACAAAUAUUUUUUCAAGACAUCAUUAUAAAAAUAAUGGACUCAAAUUAUCAUUUGUGCCAACAUUUUACUUGUAAAGACACAAUUAUUUAUUUUUUAUUAUUUUUCAAAUACUUAUGGCCCACACAUACCCCACUUUCUCUGUCUCUCCGUCUCUCUCAGUUAACCCACCCACACCCCACUUUCGUCCCUAACCCACCCACACACCACACCCCACUUCCCUCCCUCUCCCUUUAACCCAAAUUCUCUCUUUCUCAACCAAACAAAAUUUAUGCAUCUCUCUCUACCACUCUCACUUCUCUCAAAUCUGAGAUUUUCUUUCGUUUUUUUCUUGGAAAAACACAUGUGCAUCAGAUUUGAGAAACACCAACGCCUCCGCAUCUCUCUCUAUCUCAAUCGAUCCGUCUCUCCCUCUCGUUGCAUCUCACGCUCAGAUCCCAACUGUCUGUCGUUUGAGAAAGAACUUGAAGAAAUGCAAGAGAAGGUUCAGGCAACGAGGCUUUAGAAGGAGAAACCAAGAAGCUCCUUAAGAAGGAGGAAUCUUGAAGUUCAAGAAGGAAGAGCUCCAAACAAAGGGCCAAGAGCAAGACAAGCUUCAGAUGGAGUUGAAGAAGCUGCAGGAGUUCAAACUCGUCGAGUCGGUUAAGUCUGAGAUCGGAUCUAAGAUUCUGAGGAAGCACCAUCGUCUUCACUGUUCCUCAGAUCAAUGCCAUAAGGAGGUAGUUGUUUUAUAUUUUUCCUAAUUCGCAAUCAAGUUUUCCUUUUUUUUGUUUAAUUUUUCAAAUUUAUUGUAAUUUUUUGGGAUUCCACAGUAUUUGGAGGCAAAGGGGUUUAGAUGGUUUAGGGGUUCGUUUUUGACCUUUGAUACCUUGUGAUCGAUCAACUGGAAUUUCAAAAUUGGAUAGUCUGUAUUUUUGUUAGCUAGCUGUAGAGUUGUAUGAUAAGCUUGGAGGUAUACUUAAUUAUGUCCUAUAAUUUUUUAAGUGUUGAAAACCUGAGAGAAACAGAGUUCAUACCCCUGUGGUUUUUCACGUGGGUUGUAACCCUACCUCUAUACUACUGCAAUUUUAAAACAUUAUCUUAUAUAUGACUUUAAAGUUUUUGUUAAUUAAUUCUUUUUAAUCAAAUAGUGUCUGCGUUAGUUUCCUUUCCAUAUUUCUAGUGUUCUAGAAUUUUUAGUUUGUGUGUAAUGUUUGAAUUGAUUGUAUUAAAUUUGGUUGUGAUUUUUUCUUUCUUUUGUAUUAUAGUGCAACAAAGACAUAAUCUAAUCUAUAAAGUUGUUUGUUUACAUUCUUUGAUCAGGAGCUGCUAAUCAGUUAUUAACACAACUUUAUAUUGUUGGGUGACUUAUCAUUGUUGUGAUCAUCAGUACCUAUAUGGCUAUCAGCAGUGUCGAUGAUGUCGGUGUUAAGUAAUAUCUCUCUGUCUCUUGGAAAGGAUUGGCCUUACUCUUGCUAAGGGUGUAGAUAUCAUAUCUCUUCAAUUGUUUCUUAAUUUAUUUUUUGCACUUGCUCCUUUGAUCAAUUAUUUAGCUAUAUAUCAGAGUCAUGAUAUGAUGGCCAUUUUUAGGUGAACAUUUUCAGUAUUAUUUUAGAUAGUAUACAAUACCAAAUAAUGUAUUGAAAUUUGAUAUUCUGAACUGAAUUCGUCAGAUUGUAAAUCAGCAUGAAGCUACAAGUAGCAACAUUGUCAGGCACAAGGAGUUUAAUCUUCAAACACUUGGAAUUGGUGGCUUAGGUGCUGAGUUUGCAGAUAUAUUUCGAAGAGCUUUUGCAUCCCAUGUUUUCCCUCCUCACGUGACAAAUAAAUUGUUAAUGGCCCUGAAGUUUUGAGCAAGUUGGUGAAACUAAGAAAAAUGUUAGGAAUCUAUUUGCUAAUGCUGAGAAUGAUCAAGGGGCUCGCG